CAUUCAGCUGCAAUCAUCAUACUAUUACUUGGUCACACGGUCGCUGUCUUGAAUUUGUAUUUUUUUUGGUUUUUCAGUUUUUAUUACUGAAUUUAACAAUACCUACUCCCAUUCUUGAAGUUAAUUCCUUUACCUGUAUCAUUUAACAAAUUUGUUCAAUGUCUUCCAAAAAAGUGUUUAAUGUCAAAGACAAAGUCUUUGCAAAAAUACGAGGUUAUCCUGCUUGGCCAGCAAUUAUAUCUGGUAUUAAACAUGAUGUUCCAUCACGACAAAAGUAUAAUGUUUAUUUUUAUGGAACUGGUGAACGUGCUGAAUGUAAAUCAGAUGAACUCUUUCCUUAUGAAGAAAACAAGUCAAAACUAGGAAAACCUAAUAAACGUAAAUAUUUUGCUGAAGCUUUAUUGCAAAUUGAAGAUGAAGAUAAUUCAAUUUUUCCUGAUGAUGAUCCACAAUUACUUACAAUGUCAAGUAACACAAGUAAUAUAAAAGAGUCUUUCAAAGACGAAUCUGCUGAAGUUGAAAAAUCAAACGAAUCUAAUACAGAGAGUGAAGGGAAAUUAUCAACCGAUGACUCUACUUUGUCUAAGGGGAAAAAAUCUAUUUCUUCCAGAAAGAGUUUGGGUCUCUCAAUUACCAAAGGAACGAAGAGAAAAAUAUCUGAUGUUAAAUCUGAAGCACCUUCUAAAAAAUCUAUAUCAAAUAAACAAGAUAUCUUUCAAACUUUAAAGCUUCAAGAAAAAUCUGUAGCUUAUGUAUUGGUAGAACCAUUGGAAGAAUGUGUAGUAGAAAGAGCAAUUAGUGGACAGCAGAAAACAGAUCAGGCUGCUGAUAAAAAUGUUAGUGCUGAUGAAAAAAUUACUGAAACACUUGAUAACCAAUCAGAAACUCUUAAUACAGCUGAAUCAGUUCUUGAAACUAGUGAUAUAUUAUCGGAUUCAAGUAAAACAGUAAAAUCUUUAUCAAAAAUAAAGAAUAGUCCUACAUCAAGUAGUGAAAUAUCGUCUACCAAUAGUGUAAAUGUAGGACAUGUAUCACGCUCUGGUCGUAAAAUUAAGCCAAAAAAAUAUUCUGAUUAUGAGAAUGAAUCAGAGGUGGUGCCAAAACGUUCAAGAUUAAGCAAAGAAAAUUCUAAAACUUCAGAAAAGCAUAAUACUAGCAAUGUUGAAACAGAUUCUUCAUCAGAACAAAAUCAUAAAACAAAAGAUACUAAUUCAGACACAAGAAAGAUAUCUAAAAGUCAUUCAGCAGCAUCUUUACCAUACAUAAAAAGUUCAGCAAAUAAAAAUUUGGAACAAGUGAAUAAUGAAAUCAGUGAGGACAACGAACUUCCAGUUGCAAUUAAAGAUCUCAUGGUUGGUGCUUUGACUCAUAUAGAAACUGAUUGGAAGAGAGCAGGUCCAAAAAAAAUCACUAAAAUUGAUUUAUUACAUACCGAAGUUGAUCUGUUGGAUUAUAUACAUAAAUUACGCUUAGCUUUACGAACUGAUCAUGCUGAUUGUGAUGGAGCAUUAGAAUUAUUAGAGCACAUUGUUGAACUUCAAAUUAAUGCUUUGAUGUUAAAAAAACAUCAAGAAAUUGUUGAAACAAUUAAACACGUGACAAGGUAUACUGGUAAUGCAAAAGAAUGGAAUCUAAGUAAAGAAGAAACUAUUGAACAUGACGAAAAGUCAACCCUAAUUCGACGCAAGGCUGAAAUAGUAUUUAAUAAAUUUGUAUCAUUGUUUACUGUGUCUGAUGGGCAAUCAUUCGAUGAGAUAUUUAAUAAAGAAGUUGAAGAAUUUUUUACAAAGACUAAACAUUUGGCUUGCGAUCAGAUAUAUGGGCUUACUUCAGAUAAAGAUUAUUUAUUAUAAAUAAUUAUUCUUACUAUUUAAAAAUUAAGAUAACCAAUAUUUUAUUUGUAGGUACAGUUCAGUUGUACUAUGAUUUACUGUUUAAUUAGAAUUCCACAACUAUUAUUAUAUUAUUUUUUGAUAAUAGGUUACAUUAUUUUGUAUCCGCAAUUAAAAGUUUUUACAUUAAGUUUUAAUAUUAAAUACAUUUUUAGUGUUAAUUUAUCAAUUUAGUAAGUGUGUUAAGUAACUAAUUUAAUUUAUAGUAUAAUAGUGGGUUUUUUUCAUUACACUGACAUUUGAAUACAUUUUUUUAAACUAGUGAUAAACAUUUAUUUGUAUUGAUUUUGCCUUCAUUUAAUUGAUAAUAGAUAACAUUUCAUUUUUAUUAUAUUUAUAGAUCUUAAGUAUUUAUGUGCGAAUGAAUUAAAAGUCAAUCACAAAUACUUUAUAAGAGUACAUGAAUAUAUUAAUGAUACAGACUAUGCAUUAAAUUAUCUUAUUUAAUUAUAUUAUAUGAAGAUGAAAUUUAUUGCAUUAAUAAUUAUUACUGUGCACAAUAUUACAGUAUUUAAUUUAUGUGAAAUUAUUAAAUAUUGACAGUAUAGCACUAAUUUUUUUCUUCAAUAAAACACUUAUGUUUAAUGAUAUUGUAUAAAAUGAGUUUACCAUAAAUAUAGACAAGUCGAAAGUUACUUAACUGAAUAAUUAUUGAUUUGUAAUUAGCCAUUAUAUUAAUUAAAAAAUAUACAGAACUUAAUCGAA